CGCGAGCCAGCAGCUGUCAGUUGCGUCUGUUAUGAAACAGCUGUCAGUGUGGUGCCGCUCUGUUUACGUAAAAUUUAGCGCAGCAAAUUUAGUUUUCCCGUACGAAAGAAUGUCGCUGCUUCCCGUGCUGAGCCGGUUGCUGCCGGUCGUGAGCCGAUCGGCGGCGAGAUCCGUCCAUAGCGGGACCGGCCUGCUGUUCCGCAGCACACCGGUGCUGUGUGCCGAACCGCUCAAGAAGAAGAAAAAGCUCGACCCACAGAUCGUGAAGCAGCGGGAGGAGCGCAAACGGAAGCGGCUGGAGAAGCAAAUUCGCCGGCUGGAGAAGAACGCCCGCCAGCUCAAACCGAUCGAGGAGCUCGAGGUGCCGAUGGAGCUGAUCGACGAGCAAAGCAAACGGAAGCGAAACGUUUCGAAACCGACGGCCGAGCUGCUCGAAAGCCGCGCCCUGCUCGAGAAGCAGUGGGCCAAGUACCGCAUGCAGGAGAAGCUGGCCGACUACCAGCUGUUCGAUCGGAUCGUGGCGGCCCAGGCGAAGGCGCUGGGCGAGCUGCAGCUCGCGUCGGACGAGCUGUACCAGCGGGCGAUACAGCCCGACCCGGCCCUGCUGCCGUUCGUGGCGCAGGGUCCCGUCUCUACCCCGCCGAUCAAAGACUACGAGCAACCGGACGGCGAGUACAUCGACGUGUCGCGGAAGUGGGAAUAGUGUGGGCCAGGGGGUUUAGGAUUUUGGGAGUGUUGGGUGUUUCUAUGGUACGAAACUAUCGCGGCGAUUAUUAUUUUACCUUACCACUAGUGUGCGAACUUUCUAUUAGGGGCCGGCGAGGGUGAGCGUUCGUUUGCAUCUCGCAAUACAGAAACAGGCAAACAUAUAUGCGUCUAUUACCAAACAAAGGAUUUAAAUCAAUCGGUGAUGUCAUUGAGAAUUUGGAGCAAUAUUCCAUUCUUGAGGUAGGUUUAACCACUUAGUGAUAGGAUGUAUGUCCCUUUUUACUUGUUUCAAAAUAUUUCCAUUGUUUUGAAGCUCAGUUUUAGUCAAAAUUAGUUGUACAGAACGGGUGGAACCUUAAAAAUCCCAAAACUGUUAAAAAAUGUAACAAUUUUAAUGUUUUUAAGACUUUGUGGGGCAUCGAGGAUUGAAUGUUUGUGUCUUGAAGAUACACAUGAAUGAAUCUUCGUUACAAGAUUCAUCAUCGCUUGGCAAUCUUACAUAUUUCAACUCGGAAAAAACAAUGGGACAUCAGAAAGCGACUUACAAACGUUCUAAAACUGACAACAAAAUUGUUUGAUCGUCCCUUCGAUUUCCAUGGUUAUCGAGAAGAAUCCUUUAAUUUUAUUUUACUUUUUGGUACAAAUGUACAUGCUCCAUUGAAAUGUUCA